ACGAUACAUCAUGGGGUCAAGAAAGAGAAGUCAUCCUUGAGCGUGUUCAAAAUAAAUCGUUUGGAAUCAGCAUCGUUGGUGGAAAGGUUAAUGUUUCCGGCGAUUCACUUGUGUCGGGGAUUUUCAUAAAGAACAUUAUUGUGGGAAGCUCUGCAGAUAAAUGUAGCUUACUGAAGAUUGGAGAUAGGAUUUUAGCUGUUGAUGGUGUUGACAUUAGAAAUUCAUCGCACGAAUUGGCUGUAAAGACGAUAAAAAACGCCAGCGAUAAAAUGACGCUGCUGGUCCAAAGUUUAAACGCUG